AUGGCUGAGGACGCAACAUCUCAGAAAAUCCCCAUCGCAGCCUCAGAGGCAGAGCGUUUCAUCAAAGACGUCCUCCAAGACAAUGGUAUCCCCGCUGAGAAUGCUUCCAUCAUCGCCCGUUGCCUCGUCGCUGCCGAUCUACGAGGCGUAGACACCCACGGUAUGAACCGUAUUCCCUCUUACAUGGAGCGUAUCCGUCAAGGCGUUCUCAGCGCCACCGCUCAACCCAUCUUGACACAAGUCACUCCCGCCGUUGCCCAAGUUGACGGUCAGAACGGCUUCGGCUUCGUCUCUGCUCAUAAAGGCAUGGCUGCUGCUAUUGAGUCGGCGCGAAUUUUCGGCAUUGGAAUGGCGAGCAUUAAGCACUCUAACCAUUUCGGCAUGAGUGCUUGGAUUGUGCAGCAGGCUCUGGAUGCUGAUAUGAUGAGUCUGGUCUUUACAAACUCCAGUCCAGCACUUCCUGCUUUUGGUGGAAAGAGCAAACUUAUGGGUGUUUCGCCCAUCGCAUGUGGCGCACCUGGCAAAGGUCCCAUGGAGAAUUUCAUCUUAGAUAUGGCGCCCUCUGUGGCAGCGCGAGGAAAGAUUUACAAGGCCAAGAGACGAGGAGAAAAGAUUCCGUUGGAUUGGGCCCUUGACGCUGAGGGUCGACCAACGGAUGACCCUGAAGCUGCCUUGGGCGGAGUCAUGUUACCAAUGGGCGGUCCAAAGGGCUCUGCGCUGUCUAUCAUGAUGGAUGUAUUCUCAGGAGUUCUGUCGGGCUCUGCAUUCGCCGGACACGUCACUGGUCCCUACGAUCCUUCCAAGCCUGCAGACGUCGGCCAUUUCUUGGUGGCCAUCAAGCCUGACCUCUUUAUGAGCCUGGAUGAGUUCCGCGAGAGGAUGCAGUACCUCUAUGAACGUGUUGUGGGAUCAGAUAAAGCUGCUGGGGUCGACAGGAUUUAUUUCCCUGGCGAAAUUGAGCAGUUGAAUCAGAAAGAGAGGGAGAAGAAUGGGAUACCACUUGUUCAGGCGGAGAUUGAUGCUCUGAAUGCUGAGGCAGAGAAGGUUGGUGCACAGCCACUUAGGAUCUAA